CAUAAACCUCACUAUAGGACUAGAAUGUAAAGAACCAACCAGUACAAUCUGAACUAAACCCAGCCGCCAGACUAACCAACAAACCGCUAGUUUUCUUCAGGAUAAUCUCACCUAAACGUACAUUGAUUGUCUCUACACGAAGCGGCCCUCGGCUAGAACUGGUGAUCUGAUCUCAACCUCUGAUAGUACACGUGCAGUCUUUCUUAGCACUUUAAAUAUCGCUUGGAGAUCAGGCCGGUAAUUUUAUGUUACUGCGGGCUAUACCGAUUGUGCGACCAAUCUGCGUCAGAUGUAUAACCCACUACGAAGUAUUGGACAUACCUAAAACAGCAACAAAAUCUGACAUCAAGAAGGCGUACCUAGAGAAAGCUAAAGAAUGCCAUCCUGAUCUUAACCCCGAUAAUGAAAAAGCAGCUGUUAAAUUUCAGGAGAUACAAGAAGCGCACGAUGUGCUGAUAAACUCUAAACUACGUGCACAGUACAACCACAACAUGAACCAGGAGAGUUACUACGGCACUCAGAGGACACACAAACCAGAAGACGGUUCUAGGAAAAGCAACGUCAGGACGCAUGGUGUAAAUAACCAGUACAACAGGAGAAGAAAUAACGAGUUUCACGAUAAUCACCGUGUUAAUCGAGAUAACUACAGUUACCCGGGCAACCAGAAGGACUUUUACACGGACCCCUACUCCUCGGUCCUUAGCCGGAGUAUAGCUGACCAGACACACUACGUGUACAUGUUAGGACUGGGAGUUGUGGGGAUCUUCUUGUAUGGUAUUGUCAGCUUGGUUAACGGGGUCAAGGAGGAAGUGAACGAUGGAAGGCACGGUAAAUACAAAAUGGUUGAGAACCAGUUUGCAAAUGCAAAAGCUAGGAUGAAUAAUUCUGAAGGCUUCUGGUCCAAAUUUAGCAAAGUAGAUUACCCAAAAAGAGAAACCAAGAGCCUGUCAGAACCACGCCGUUACGCCUACAGCGCUGGGCAGGAUCAAGCAAUUAGGGAUCUUUCGCAGGCAACAAAAUUACCUAUAAGCCCGAGAUCAUCAAAGCCAGUGAGCGACACUGUGAAGUAUGUGUGGAGCGAAGAGAAAGGGAACCUGGUGAAGAUGACCACACUCCCAGGACAUGGAAUGGGAUUGAAAAAGAAAUUUGAUGAAACAAUGCAGUCUAAUCUCGGUCAAAUAGAAGCGGAAGAAGAGGUGAAACCUGUGGUGGAAGAAGUUAAGAAAGCUGUAACUUUGGCUGAACUUGGGUUACUGAAAAUUGAGAUGAGCAAAAAGAGGUCUGAAUAUUUAGCCGCUAAAAAGGAAUACAAUGAGAUACUAGAGGUUUUUACCGAAGAACAGAAGAAGAAAAAGUCAAAAAGCAGAAAACAUGAAGUGAUAUGACCUAUUCUAUCUAAUUCUAAUCUUCUAGUUUCGACCCAAAACUAGGCCCUUCAAUGAUACUAUAAUGAAGUCAGAAAUUCAUUAGUUCAGAAACUCAGAAACUCUACAAAGGUUGACUAGCUCCGUAACGUGAAUGUCAUUGUAAACUGUAAACCAAGAAAGGUUUUUGUGGAUGAAUUUAUUAAGUUUAAAGUAUAGUUUAUUUGAUUGACUUUGACCGUGACCCCUAAUCGAAGUCAGAUAACUGCAGUCAUUUUCAUUUUUUGGUUUUAUAUUUAUAAAGCAUUCUGGAUUGUUUAACUUUUAAUUUGUAACAAUAUGCUAA